AUGACACAUUCUACACAACCUGUGAAAUCAAUAAAUCUAUGGUAUAUAUUUGAAUGUGAACGCUUAAAACAACUUCAUUUACCAUUGACUCGAUUACAGCUACAACAUUUCCACAAGUAUGAUCAAAUUGAAUCCAAUCAAGAAGUGAAAGCAAAUGAAUGUGUUCAUUUCAGCAAGUACAAUUUAAAUACAUGUCCAAUACAUAAUAAUGGUAGACGAAAUCUUCUUCAGCCGUUUACAACUUUAAACAAACCAAUCAACUGCAAGUGUACAUGUAUAAAUCAUGGUAAUAUAUGGGGAAAAGGAAAUAAUAAAUUGGAACCAGUUAAUUUACCUUUAUGGUGUAAACCAGAAUUGUCAAUUUCAGUAGGUAGUUUACGUAAGAAAGCUCAAGAAGAUUAUCAACAAUAUCGUUUGUAUAAAUCUGAUAGAAAAAGAAGAGAUAUUUUCACUGGAGAAAAAUAA